CGACAAGGAAGUAAAUAAGCGACUCAUCGGUUGGAAACGGUUUUUGAUUUUCUGGUAUUUUAGAGGUUUUAGGGUCAGCCUAUAUCCGUCUUGAGCCUUACGAUGGCCGAACAUGGGCGCCCUCUUGAACUGGACUUACUGAAAUGUCAUAUCUGUCUGGAGCGACUUCAGCAUCCCAAGUUCUUACCCUGUCACCACAACUUCUGUCAGGAAUGUCUUGGGACCUACAUCACCACGAAGUUUUCUGGGAAGAUGGCCUCAGAAACACCCUUCCCUUGUCCUAUCUGUAGGAGGAUGACCCCUCCCGUCAAUCUAUUUACAUCUAAGGACAAGGUGGUGGGUCAGUUCCUAUCUGAUUCUGGUAUCCAGAUCCCCAUUCAUCUCCAGGAACGAUUGUCUGAACCACUGUACUGCGAUCACUGUCAGACACAUGGUCACAUGACCAACCCAGCAAAAUUCUGGUGUCAGGACAUGGAGGCGAACUUUUGCGAGAUUUGUAAGGAACAGCACCACGACAGCAUACAUAGUGACUGUGACAUCUUGAAAAUUACAGGGCAAGGUGGAGCGGGAACAAAUCAGCAAAAGUCAGUAUAUCGAUGUGGCCAACACUUUAAGAACAAGGUUUGGUAUUGUGAGAACCAUCAACUUCUCGGAUGCAGCAGAUGCAAUUUAAAGGAUCAUAGCCGUUGUAAGGGGGUAACAACAGCUAUAAGGUAUUUAAAACAAUUAAAAGAUGAAUCGCGGUUCACAAACAUUCAGUCGAUUAUGAAUAUAAACGCGGAUGCUAUUGACGUAAUACUAAAGGACUGUGACAAACACCUUCACAAUCUGGUACAGAGCCAGGAUAUCGCACUACAGAGUAUCACCGAUCUACGUCAAAAUGUCGAUAAACGGUUAAACAUGCUACAAAAGGAAGUUGAUAGCGUCGUUCAAAGAGGAGAAAAGAAACACGGAGGCCGCAUCACGUGAACGUAUGAUGGAUGGUGUGCUUAAUACCAUGGCAGGCUAAAGAAGAGUCGUGUACAGCUGUGGUCAGAGUUGAGAAAGUCUUACACGUCCGUCAGUUUUAAACAUGAUGUUGUUAGUGGACUCGGGACCUUAAUGAUGAUGCAAUGGGCAACACACACAACACAUUCCUGGUAUUCAUUGCGCCCAAGCACCGCCAUUCGUACGAGUUCAAAGUGAAGGAAAUCGGGACGUUCAACAUAGAGACUUCUUCAAAUAAAAAUGAUUGAUGUGUCCCUGGUGUUUUGAACCUUCCUUGCAAUCAGGUAAUCGUAAAUGAUAACAGGAACAAGAAACUGUAGCUGUUCACAGACAAAUGCCAGUUCCUAGACGAGUUGACAAUUCCAGGAAAUACCAGUGAUCUGUGUCUGAUGAACAACAAUACUGUGGCGUGUGUUUCUAUCGACUGGAUUUACGUUAUUUUUAGAGGAAUAUCAGCUCUAAAAUUCUAACUGAAAGUCGUCUUGACAGUAUGUGAAAACGAUUCCAGUCUAACCGUCACAUCAGUGUCGCCAACUUAGCAGACGAUGUUCAACUUCACAGGGCCUCGAUUUUGGAGUAAGGUAGGCUUUUGACAUCAGUGAAUAACCACAAAACUAUAAUUCAGUAUGCAUACAUAACCGGAAACAAUGUCGAUAUUGCCGAUUUUUUUAUUAAUAUUAUUUUUUAUAUAUAUAUUAAUGCUGGACUUUUAAUGUUGUCGUGUCUAGCAUUUCUGAACAUUCGGCAACGAGCCCUUGUGUAUGUGUGUUUUACGACAUUGACAAUUUGAUUACUUCGUAUAGAUCAAGAAUAGCGUUAAUAAUAAUUUUGUGUCGACUUCA